UCUAUAAAUAUUCUCUACUGUGUCAGUGGAUCGGUGUCCACCAUGAAGGAUCUCAAACCCCUGUUGCUUCUGGCAUCUGUCUUCUCUUCAGUUACUGCUGAUUUUGGUAUUGGAACCAUAACGUCCGGUCAAUAUUACGUAACUGUCAACAAAACUAAAUGGUUUACGAGCGGCCACACGUUUUGCAACCUGAACGGAAAUACCCACUCUAAUAUUACUUUUAACGUUGAUUAUGGAAGUAGUGGUUUGGAUAAGUUGGGUCCGUGGCAAGGAGAUAGAUGGGUCUUUAAAGAUAACGAUACAACCGUCGAGUUUAAGAUGAAAACAUACCAAACAGACAAAAUCCCCGCCGUUAUUUUUACCAUGAACUAUGUGACAUCAGCUAAAGGUACUAAAGCUACAUCGGCCAAUAAAACUAUAAGUGGUUGGCCGAGUUUUAAUAUUCUAGAUUUAAAUCAAACGGUUGGGUAUCUUGCCUAUUCUGCUGAUAUGUUCGGGGACAGAAAGAAGAAGCUAGGAAUCUGGGGUCCAGACGCUCUGACCGUCCGUGAUGGACUGGAUGGGACAGGUCCAAUCGUAACCUUCGAUAAACUGGGAAAUGCCUUCCUGUUUGCUCCCUUAGAUAGUUUUAUGACCACUUCGUAUUCUAUUGAUCGGGAUAAUUCGACUAUAUCUUGGGGAACUAUGGGAGGUGUUGAUGAAAUACCUGCUGGGUUCACAUAUUCUGUCAUUAUGGUUUACAGUGAUCAAGGUGUAAACGGGGUAUUUUCUAAGUUUGGCACCAUUAUGAGAUAUUACCAUGAUAAAAAUACAGAACGCCAGAAGACUGAUGUAUCUUUAAAUUAUAUUGGUUACUGGACAGAUAAUGGUGGUUACUACUAUUAUAAUACAGAACCCGGUAAGAAUUAUGAGCAGACAAUGUUGGACAUCAAACAAGAUAUGAAUAAAACACAAAUACCAUACAAGUAUAUACAACUGGAUUCCUGGUGGUAUUAUAAAGAUACAAACGAAGCGGUCACAAAAUGGGAACCUCGUCCUGAUAUAUUUCCGGACGGUUUAGUGAAAGUGGGACAAGAACUGGGAUUACCAUUAGUGCUUCAUAACAGAUAUUGGUCAAAAGAUACACCAUACGCAGUAAACUACAAAUUUCUGAAAGGCCUUGGAUUAAGUGUUCCAAUUACAACCAGAUUCUGGGAUUUCCUGUUACAAAGAGCCAAGACCUGGGGUCUCAUCGUUUACGAACAGGAUUGGAUGUAUGUACAAUUUAUGUUUCUUGAAGUGAUGAAAACUAAUUUGACCCUAGCAACAACCUGGAUGGACGCCAUGGCUAAAUCAGCAGAGAAUAAUGAUGUUACUAUACAAUACUGUAUGGCCCAAUCUCGACAGGCACUACAGAGUUUAAAAUAUACCGCUGUCACACAGGCCCGUGUGUCAGAUGAUUAUCAUUUACAGCACGAUCAAUGGAAGAUCGGAAUAAGUUCGCUGUUUGCUCAUGCUGUAGGCGUGGCACCAUCUAAAGAUACAUUCUGGACAACAACCAACCAACCUGGAAAUCCUUUCAAUACAACAGAACAAUAUCCUGCUCUACAGACACUAGUAGCUGUUUUAAGUACUGGACCAGUUGGACCCAGUGAUAAAAUUGGUUACACAAAUAAAGAUCUAUUAAUGAAGUGUUGUAAUUCGGAUGGUUUGAUAUUAAAGCCUUCCAAACCUGCUACAGCUAUAAAUGAUCAAAUUAUCGAGACAGCUUUUAAUGAUGGUAGUGGAGCAAGUGGUCAAGUAUGGUCGACGUAUACAGAUUUUGGUGAAUAUAAUAAAAUACGGUUUGGUAUUAUAAUGGUGGCUAAUCUAUCCAAACCUUAUUCUAUAACUCCUUCUAGGGCAUCUUUAGAUGUGGAAAUUAAUCAGUACCCCGAUUCUGUGAUAUAUGACAGCAAAAACAUGACCAAAUCUACAAGUUUCAGCGAGACCAGUCCAUUUAGCUUACCAACAUGUUUACUGGAUAAUGCAAACUACUGUCUUUAUUAUACCAGUCCUGUUAUGAAGCGAGGAAAUCAAACGAUAAUUAUCUAUGGCGGAACAAACAAAUUUGUCUGGAUGUCAUCACAAAGAGUUGCAAAAUUAUGGGUGGACGAUGACAAUGUUGCAGUCACUUUACGAGGUGCUGCGAAUGAAAAUGUUACUUUUGCUUAUUCUGUCAACGGAGUAGUGAAUACGAACACUCACAUCAUUGAUGCCAAGACACACUGUGCCAGCAUUGUGAUCUACAGUUCCACAGGGAAAUCCCCCAUUCCUGCUAAUUUCAACUGUACAAAUUUGUUACAUACCUCUGCCAAGCAUUCCAAAAAGGCACAACCUCAUCAAAAAUAA